GCUGUUGAAAUAAGGGUUUUUCUGUUUGGACUUAUUGCUUGUAUAAGCAAGAGAGAUCUUGAGAACGCAAAUUAUGAAGAAUCUAUCCAUCACCACCACUCAUGCGAACUUCAUUCUUCUUUUCCUUCCAUUUGUAGGCUGCUCAGCACAUGAACAUCUCAACAAAGGCACCAAUCACAAGGUGGUGGUGAGCCAUCAAAAGACAUUUGACAUCACAGUUCAUGGAGUUCUAUUGUGGGCUUCAAUGGGAUUGUUGAUGCCACUUGGGAUACUUACAAUUAGAAUGUCCAACAGAGAGCAAUGCAGGAGAUGGUUCAGAGGACUCUUCUAUUUCCAUGCCAUUUUGCAGACACUUUCAGUGCUUCUAGCCACAGCUGGGGCAGUACUAUCCAUAAGAAGUUUUGAGAAUGCAUUCAACAAUCAUCACCAAAGAAUAGGGUUAGCCCUUUAUGGUGCUAUUUGGUUGCAAGCCUUGAUUGGAUUUCGCAGGCCUCGCAGGGGAAGUAAAGGUAGAAGUGUAUGGUACUUUGUGCAUUGGGCACUCGGCACAUCAAUAUCUCUAUUGGGAAUUUUCAACAUCUACACAGGGUUACAAGUCUACCAUAAGAGAACAUCAAGAAGUAUUAGGGUUUGGACCAUCCUUUUCACAACACAAAUCUUUUUCAUGGUUUUCUUCUACCUCUUCCAAGACAAAUGGGAGUAUAUGCAAAGGCAACGAGUUAUUUUAGGCAAUGAGCCAAUUAUAACACCCUCUAAUGACCAAUCUAAUGACCAAAUCAUUCCACAGAGGGACAACCAAAAUGACUUGUCGAAUGAACCAAUUAGGAAAACCAAUUCCCUUGGGAAUUAUUUCGCCAAAAGCAACGCGCUCAAGAAAUUAUUUCAGCUAACAUGAGAUACUAUUCGUCUUUCUCAGCUUGCCUUUUUUAUUUUUUACUUAUACAUAGUACUAUUUGCGCUCCACUCUUUUGUGCUUGCAUUUUGCAUCAAUGAAGGUGUUUUUUAAAAUGCAUUGAGGAAUGCAAGCAUUAAAAAGUGGAGAGAGAAGAAUGCAAUCUUCUGUUUAUUAAUAUAUAUAUUUUCCUGUGAAUUAAGAUUGGUUUUUUAGUUGUGGGAUUUGGUAAUGGAGUGCUAGAUUAGAAGAUAUAUGAGUUUUUAAGUAGAACAACUACAGAGAUGGUGUAGUGCUUUGUACAAAAAAAUUCAUAAAUAUGUAAAGCAUGUUUUGAUGUUUUGAAUAAAAGAUUCAUGAUGAGAGUUUAUCUAA